AUGGCCAGCAACAGCUUUCUCGCCAUUGUUUCACUUAUCCUCAGCGUGGGAAUUACCAGAUAUAAUUCGCAGACCACUUUCCGAUGGUCGACACUAUGGGUGUUUCUAGUGACAUACGCUCUUUUGAGCGGAUCGAGAUGGCUGUAUAGGGUCGUAAUCUACCCGCUAUUCCUAAGUCCGCUCAGGAAUCUGCCCUCGCCUCCUGGAGCACACCCCCUUAUGGGACAUGCUUUACAACUACUGCCCCAUCCCUUGGGUCUACCAUUCAUCAAAUGGAUGGAAAGCAUUCCAAAUGAUGGCCUCUUGUACUAUAAGAUGGCCUGGAACACGCCUCGGAUCAUGACGACAUCUGUAAAAGCCGCGAGUGAGGUACAGACCACGAAAUCCUACGAUUUCAUCCGGCCGCAAAACUCUCGAGAUUUCUUGGCGCCUAUACUGGGCAUAGGAGUGCUUCUCGCAGAAGGAGAGGAGCACAAGCGUCAGCGGAAGGCUUUGAUGCCCGCGUUUCAUUACCGGCAUAUCAAGGAUCUCUAUCCAGUGUUCUGGGAGCAUUCGAAAAGGAUGGCGGAUGCUAUGGCCAUUGACAUGAAAGAGUCCCAGAGCAAGGUCUUGGUUUCAGACUGGGUGACUCGCGCAACUCUCGACAUCAUUGGCGCUGCAGGAUUUGGUCAGAGCUUCAAUGCAAUCGACGAACCACAAGGCGAACUCCAUCAAGUAUACAAGAAUGUGUUCUCCCCAAAGCCAAUGUCAGUACAGCUUCACCAUAUCCGUCAGUUUAUCCCCACAAACCUGCUUCGAAUGCUGCCUAUGAAACGCAACACCGAUACCGCUGCUGCGAUUCGUGUGAUUCGAAGAACCGCACGCAAUAUCAUCCGCUCAAAGCAGAUUAAGCUGGGGGACAAAGAGCAGCCUGGCAACGACAUCAUAUCGGUCGCUCUUGACUCGGGUGGUUUCAGCGAAGAAGAUCUCGUCAAUCAACUCAUGACUUUCCUUGCAGCUGGUCACGAGACAACCGCAACUGCCAUGAUGUUCGCGACGUGGCUCCUAUGUCGACAUCCGAAUGUGCAACAACGUCUCAGGGAUGAAAUUCGUGAAAAGAUCCCAUCUUCGCUUCUCCAGGACACAAGCAAGGCUACUGCCACGGUGUUCGACAACAUGCCGUAUCUCAAUGCCGUCUGCAACGAGGUACUACGCAUAUAUCCGCCCGUACCUUUUGCCAUGCGCGAAACUACAAAAGAUACAACUAUCGCCGGGUCGUUUAUCCCCAAGGGUGUUGUGAUUAUCCUGCCCAUCUGGGCCUUCAACCAGAACAAAGAGCUCUGGGGCCAAGACGCAGGAGAUUUCAACCCCGACCGAUGGAUGGCCGCUGGACAAGCGAAUAGCGGUGGUGCAGAGAGUAACUAUGCAUCUAUGACAUUUUUGCACGGGCCACGGAGCUGCAUCGGACAAGCGUUUGCAAAGGCCGAGUUUCAGUGUCUGCUGGCGAGCCUUGUUGGUAGAUUCGACAUGCUGCCUGUGCCUGGCGAUGACACUUUGCAGAUUAUAGCAGAGUUGACAAAUAAGCCAAAGGGUGGGACAUGGGCUCUUCUGACCGAGCUGAAGGGGUGGUGA